AUUAAUUUGCAAGUAUAAUUCUUACAUUUGCUUGGCUGCUGCUGCAAAAGGGCAAAUAACAUCUUGAGCUACCAUACUUGAGCCAAGGUAUAUAUAGCAGAGAUCAGUUACAAUGAACGUUGAAAGUGAGUCUAGAGAAGAGAUGAAAGGGUGCAGAAGAGUUUUAAGAAAAGUAGGGAAUUGGUUGGAACACAAGAAUAAUGGUGAAUGGUUGAAGGACAUGAGGGGGAUGCUAAGCUUGGUGGCUACAGUAAUCGCAACUAUGACCUUUCAAAGUGCUCUUAAUCCACCAGGUGGUGUUUGGCCAACAAAGGAGGGUUUAGUUGAGACAUGUUCAUCAUACAAGCAAGUAUUUCCGAAUCCAUGUCCUGGAGAAGCUGUCUUAGCUUUUAUCAAACCAGACAAUUAUGCUGUCUUCCUAUUUUUCAACACGUUAUGUUUGGUUUCAUCUUUGGCUCUUUGUCUCUUGCUGGUAAGUGGACUCCCUCUGAAUAACCGAUUUUUCACGUGGCUUUUCUCGAUAGGGAUGUGCAUCACCCUCACCAGCCUCACUCUAACCUACUGGUUUGCUGCGGAAAUGACCACCCCACACCCCGUUUUGAGUGCAACCUCCAACAUGUUUAUAGUAGUUCUUUAUAUUUGGAUUUUACUCAUAGGACUCCUCACACUUUUCCUUUGCCUGCGCCUAUUUGUUUGGAUUGUCACUAAAUGCAUUAACAGAUGCAAACCAUGACAUCCAAUCUUAUUCAGGCAAUCGCAUGUCCAACUUCCUUGUUUUUGGACUAUAGUACGUUG